AUGGGGGAGCAUAUGGCCCUGUGCAGCAGCAGCAGCAGCAGCCGCUGCUGCCAGCAGCAGCAGCAGCAGCAGCAGGAGCUGGGGAUUCUUGUGGGCUUCUCUCUGCCGCAGCAACAACACAUUCGAGUAGCACUGAGCCGCAGCAGCAAAGGCCCGUCACGGCGGCUGGCGCACGAGCUGGAGCUGCUGCAGGCAGCAGGAGGUGCUGCUGCAGCAGCAGGUUUGGGGCGGAAGCGUCAGAAGCGGCCUUCUUCGUUUUACCAGGACGGGGAGUGCAGCAGCAGCAGCAGCGCAGCAGCAGCAGCAGCGCAGCAGCAGCGCAGCAGCUCUCCCGCAGCGGGGGGCUCGGGGGAGGGUUCUGCGGUGAGCGUGGGCACCACCCGUCGGACGCGUUCGCGGGCUGCUGCUGCUGCUGCGCGCCAAGCAGCAGCAGCAGACAGCAGCAGCAGCAGCAGCAGCAACGCGUACGGCACUGCUGCUGAGCUGCUGCAGCGCAGCAGCAGACGCCGCCGCUGCCUCAACGGCGACGACCUCGCCAGCAUCAGCAGCGACAUGUGGUGCGACCCCGACAGCGAACCAGCAGCAGCAGCAGCAGCAGCAGCAGCAGCAGCAGCAGGGGGACACUUGAAGUCCUUAAAAGCUGCGCAGUGGUUUUUAGGUCCAGUGGACCCUCUGGUGGACCAGGUGCCGGACUACUGGGAGGUCGUGGGGCGGCCAAUGGACCUGGCUGCGGUGGAGCGGAAGCUGCAGCAGGGUUUGUACGCGCACCCCUUUUUGUGGCAGCAAGAUGUUCGCCAGGUUUUCUUCAACGCCUUUUCCUACCAUUUAGUGUCUUCGGAGGUUUGGAAAGAUGCAACAACUCUGGCGCUGGAGUUCGAGAAGUGCUGCAAGCAGUGCAGCGAGGUCAACCCGCAGCAGCAGCAGCAGCAGCAGCAGCAGCAGCAGCGGCAGCGGGGGGGGUGCGGGGGCGCGCUGGAGCGGGGCGCGGGCGAGCCCGGGGGCGCGCAGCAGCAGCGCGCGCAGGCUGCUGCUGCUGCAGCGGCGGGGGCUGUUCUGCAGCAGGAGCUCCAGCUGCUGCAGCAGCAGGCGCUGCUGCUGCUGCUGCUGCUGCUGCCAGGCAGAGAGUGGCAGCGACUCAAGAAGCGGCCUGGAGCAGCAGCGACAACAGCAGCGAAGUGGCGCUGUGCCGAGGGACCUCGCUGCUGCUGCUGCUGCUGCUGCUGCUGCUUUUGGUGGCUGCUGAGAAGGCCCAGCAGCAAGUGCAGCAGCUGCAGCAGCAGUUGCAGCAGCACCUGGAGGCCUCAGGCCUCUCGGAGUUGCUGCUCUCAGGAUGGAGACCUGAGCAGCAAACUGCAGCAGCAGAAGGGGCCCCCCCGGAGGCCCCCAGCUGCCUGGGGCCCCAAUAUGGGUCUGGCAGCAGCAGCAGCAUUUUGUCUGUGA